CGUGCCCCUCUCUCUCUCUCUUUAAUAAUUUACCAGAUGCUCCCAAUUCUAAUUUCUAACCCUCUGUCAAUGGUGAUAGAAUCCGUUAUGCAUUGCCUUUUUUACUGUUGAGAAGGACUAACCUCCCCCCCAAAAAAAGGGUCCCCGUCUUCCCCUGCUUCGUUGGUAACUUGGUAUCCUCCUCAUUUUCUUCUGUUUUCAUUUUUUGUUCUCUCUCUCUCUUUCUCUCUCUCAAGCCGCCAACCUAUUCGCCAAGGGAGAAAAAUAGGAAAAAGAGGAAAGCGGAGGAAGGGAAGAGGAGGGGAAGGAUUAUUUUCUUGGGGUGCGGAGACAGCCCCUCGAGGAUCUCUUUUAUUUAUGUAUGGGAUUAGAUAACAUUGAAUGCAUCUCAUCAUCCGAUGGGAUCGAUGAGGAAGAGCGCCCCUUCUCGAAGCCGCUUGUCUCCUCCGCUGUCCCUCCCGCCACGAGCGUCCAUGAGCUUCUCGAGUGCCCAGUCUGCACCAAUUCUAUGUAUCCACCCAUUCAUCAGUGCCACAACGGACACACCCUCUGCUCUACAUGUAAAGCAAGAGUUCACAAUAGAUGCCCCACUUGCAGGCAAGAACUCGGGGAUAUCAGGUGCUUAGCUCUGGAGAAGGUAGCAGAGUCACUGGAACUUCCUUGUAAAUACUACACACAUGGGUGCCCAGAGAUAUUUCCAUACUACAGCAAACUCAAACAUGAAGCUCAAUGCAAUUUCAGGCCAUACAAUUGCCCAUAUGCAGGGUCUGAGUGUUCGGUUGUUGGAGACAUUCCCUUCCUCGUUGCUCAUUUGAGGGAUGACCAUAAAGUUGAUAUGCACACGGGAUGCACAUUUAACCACCGAUAUGUCAAGUCUAAUCCUCGUGAAGUUGAAAACGCCACCUGGAUGCUGACAGUCUUCCAUUGCUUUGGACAGUAUUUCUGCUUGCACUUCGAAGCUUUUCAACUUGGGAUGGCACCAGUUUACAUGGCAUUCCUUCGUUUCAUGGGUGAUGACAGUGAGGCCAGGAACUUUAGCUAUAGUCUUGAGGUUGGUGCCAAUGGGAGAAAACUAAUUUGGGAAGGCAUUCCCAGGAGCAUCAGAGAUAGCCACCGUAAGGUCCGUGAUAGCCAUGACGGGCUGAUAAUUCAUCGGAAUAUGGCACUUUUUUUCUCAGGCGGAGAUCGGAAAGAACUAAAACUACGUGUUACAGGCAGGAUAUGGAAAGAGCAACAGAACCAAGACACUGGUGUUUGCAUACCAAAUCUCUGUAGCUAGAUGCUUAUGCAAUUAGCGCACGACCAUGCAUGUCAUACAGCCUCUACUGCAAGGAUAUCAAAUGUUGAUUUUGGAACCGAUAUUUUAAGGAUAUCAAAUGUUCCAGCUGAUGAAGUCUGGAGUUGCGUAUGUACUUUUCUGUUCUCCCCCUUAUGCUUCUGUCUUGUUCAAUUAAGUGCCGUCAUUUUUUGUUUUUUGGUUUCACGGUUCAACUUUAUGUAAGCUGCAUGUUCAGAUACCUAUGCAACCACUCAUGCUUGUGCCUUUUGAUGCA